AUGUCGUGCUACUACGGUCUCCCAGCAUUCUACGACCAAUACCGAGAAUCCAACUUAGAAGCCACUAUCCGCUUCCUCAACUCCUCUCCCACCACCACUUUCCACUACCGUCACCGAACCCAGCCCGUCGGUUAUCUCUACACCCAUAUCGGCAAAAGCUCUUUCCUCGACGCCCAUCGUGUCUCUGUCCGAUGUUGCGCCUUCAUCAACCCUGCACUUAACGGUGAGAUGGAUAAGAAGGAGAUUCAGAAGGUUAUGAGGCAGGGCAAGGAGUUGGAGAAGCUUAUUGAACGCAAGAUUGCAGAGAGCGUGAUGGCGCGCUGGGCAAAUCUCAAGAACGGUUCCAUCAAAGAAGAAGUGGCGUACGCUAUCAGAGCGAGAGACAGGUCGGUCGAAGAGCUGCUCGGUUACUGCGGAGGGUACACUGCAUGGACUCAUGUGGCAUUCGAGACCAAACAGGAAAUGGGAAAGGCCUUGAAGAAGUGCGCGAGGGGAUGCUAG